AUGUUUAUUUUUGUGUUUUCAGAUUGUCAAAGUCUUUUUCUCAGGCAUGUCGACUCUGGAAAGUGUAUUACAGCAUCGGAAGAGCUCGUGUAUGAUAAUCCAACGUAUUCGUUUCCUUACUUUGUUGUAAUGACUGACAACUGCUUGAAUGUCAGUGCACAGUUUCGUUAUCUUGAUAGCGAACUGUUACACAAUAUCGAGAAGGAGGGAACGUUGAUGACUUCCACUACAAAUACAGACUAUCAGAGUCGUUGGGCCGUGUAUAAAGGCGUAUCAGCAACCGCAAUAAGAACUCAAAACAGAGCUCGAUACCGUUUAAAACAAACAGAUGCUGGAUCUUUAUUCUUUUACUACUGGAGUAGGAAAUUAUGUGCUGAUCCUUCAACAAAAUAUGUAUUGAAGAGCGCGAUAUGUGACACAGAAAAGCAAAAGUUUACUUUUGGUAAGUGAAAUGUGUACGUAAGGUAUCACUGUACAAUUCACUAUCAAAGACAAAAUAGACGGAGAAUUAACUCGCUAUUUAUAUCACCAGGUUCAUUAGGGCUGUACGUUAGUAAAACUGGUAGUAGUAAAAUAACAUAGAACAUUUUUUUUAGAUUAGCUAGGUAGGCAGAAAUUUGUGGUGAACAGCAAGGGCAUUCAUAAACCUAGGAGGGGAGGGGGGGGGGGCGGGGAUGGCGUGGGGCGCUACCAGUACCUAGGAUGUUUUUCAGGGAAAAUGUGAAAAGUCGAGGCUCAGAUGAUCUGACUUUGUAGGCGGCUUCAAUAGCCAGCAUCUAUACAAAGCGUAAUUGAGGGUCUAAGGCUACCUAUGAAGAAUUCUUCUAAUCCCCACCCUGAACCCAUUAUAUUACUUGAUAUCAAAUUUCACUCUGGUAUAAACAGAAAUUAAAUAUUAUACAUGUUUUUCUUAGCUGCAUGCAUCAAUUGGGAAGAGAAGAUUUAUACCCUAGUCUAUUUUAGGUUCAGUGACAGCCUACAACGCUAAAAUGGAAUACGUUCAUUGUUCUCCAAAACAAAAGAUGGUGGUGAAGAGUGCUGAUUAUGGAGACUUUAAUAAGGGUGGUGCCUUUAAUGACGAUGAAAAUUUUGAUACAACCUGCAGCAAGUUAACCAGUUGUCAGGUGAAAUCUCUUUGUGAUGGAAAUAGGUCUUGUGAACUGACCAUGGACAAUAAUUUACUCCAACCACCGUAUUGUUCUGAUACUUUGAAAGAAAUUUAUACCAAGUACACUUGUGUGGAUACCUCCAGCUCUUCCACUAUAACUACAGGUAAUAAUGAUAUAAUUACGACCAUAUUAUCAAGACCGUAUCAAAGGCACUCCUAGACUAUAUAUAAACUAAACAUGCCAAAUAAACUUGACUACACAUGUUUAUUGCUCUUUUGCGCCAAUGAAUGGCAUCGCUUUUCACGUGUGUCUGUGUUAGCAUGGCAUUUUCAGGCGCGCGAAGGAAAAGAACAUAAAUUUUACAAAUUAAACUUAAAUAACAACCAAUUCGAAUUUGUUAUGUUGCCUCAGUGACAAUCGUAUUUACCAAUAUAAGCCAUGCACCCCACAACAGUAACAAAUAUACAGUAUGCAUGCAACACAUUCAUAAAUUAUUGUAUUACACAAGAAUUAUGUACUGUAUUUACUCGACUGUACAAAAAAAGUAUAGUCAAAUUAUUUUGCACAAUUUUUUACUCACUCGCGAUCGGGGAACCCAAUCAAGUUCCCCUUGGUAUACCCAUUUUAUUAGCAAUCCCAGAUCAGGUCAAUAAACAUUUGAUAUUUGAAUUAUUUUGAUAUUUUAAUUUAUAAUUUGCAUUUUGUACGAUUGUCGUAAAGGAAUUCAAGAUAGUUAAUUAGAAAUCUGCUAGAUUUUAGCAGAUCACGUAACCAGCGUCUACCAGGCCGGGUCUUUGCUCCCCAAGAGAAAAGUCCCUGGGUACGAGGUUGUGGUAUACCCAGGCAUAAUUGAUGAACGGUGUACUUACAGCGGUGUACUUACGGGCGUAAAUCUAAAUGCUGCAAAUUUACUUUAAAGAAUGAAGGACAAAACUCAGCAAUAUUACACUACGCUUAAAUUGGAAUAGUGAAGUAGUUUUUUGGACGUAAUGAAAGAUUUAUAUUUCAAAAAAAAAUUCAAGUGCACUGUUCGAUUUUAACCACUAUAAUUUUUUCAUUCCUGCUUUAGCGCCCAGAAUUAGAUUGUCAAAUCGAAACACAGGUUUCAUCGAAAUAAGAGAUGAUUCAACUUGGAGGAGAGUUAUUGAAGAAAAUUGGGAUAAGAACCGUACAAGCACUUGGGAUUUGAAGAGACUGCUGACAAUAAAAUUGUUACCAAACAAUUAGGCAGUGGACAAAAUAUUGCAACUGGAGACUUCGUAUGUUAUAACACUAUACAGCCGAGUGGAACAUCCUGCUGUAUCCAUCUUCAACCCUCUACAUCCCCUCCGAGUACUACGAUUCCAUAUGUGCAAUGUAAGUGUAUAGGCCUUGGUGUAGCAGACUCAAAAUUUCGGUGAGCAACGCCGUAUACAAAGAAUUGAAUAUUUAAAUUAUAAUGUCGUAUGUUUCCCUGAAUUGAGCACAAUGUACCUGGUCACGCGGGAAUAUUGCGUCACGCCAGGAGAAAUCACGCGAUUUGGCGUAGCAAAAACAAUGCACUGUAGACCUUUCCCCUUUUAAGUAAAAUUUUGAUCUAGACUAGCCUGGACAAAAAUUUCAUCACAGCUUGAAAGAGCAUCACAAAAUUAGUAAUAUUCCGAAGUUUCGUUGCGAAAUGUUGUAAAAUGCAGAUAAUAUAGCCUUGCGAAGUUUGCCGUUUUUCAGUCAUUUGGUAUUACAAACGGGAAAUUGAUAAUCAGUUUGAUCAUCUGAUUAUCAAUUUCCCAUUUGUAAUGCAAAAUGACUGAAAAACGGCAAACUUCGCAAGGCUAUAUUAUCUGCAUUUUACAACAUUUCGCAACGAAACUUUGGAAUAUUACUAAUUUUAUGAUGCUCUUUCAAGUUGUGAUGAAAUUUGUGUCCAGGCUAGUCUAGAUCAAAAUUUCACUUAAAAGGGGAAAGGUCUAUUGACAGCAAAGAAAACCACUGUUUUAACUCGCUGGAAAAUUAUUGGAGUCUGUAGAAGGAUUUUGUAGACGGAAAUUUCGAGCGUAAAUUUUAUACAAUUACUAGAUCUGACCAGAAACAGUUGCGAAAAAUGCAAAUUAGUAAUAUUCCGAAGUUUCGUUAAUGCGAAAUGUUGUAAAAUGCAGAUAAUAUAGCCUUGCGAAAUUUGCCGUUUUUCAGUCAUUUGGUAUUACAAACGGGAAAUUGAUAAUCAGUUUGAUCAUCUGAUUAUCAAUUUCCCAUUUGUAAUGCAAAAUGACUGAAAAACGGCAAACUUCGCAAGGCUAUAUUAUCUGCAUUUUACAACAUUUCGCAACGAAACUUUGGAAUAUUACUAAUUUUAUGAUGCUCUUUCAAGUUGUGAUGAAAUUUGUGUCCAGGCUAGUCUAGAUCAAAAUUUCACUUAAAAGGGGAAAGGUCUAUUGACAGCAAAGAAAACCACUGUUUUAACUCGCUGGAAAAUUAUUGGAGUCUGUAGAAGGAUUUUGUAGAUGGAAAUUUCGAGCGUAAAUUUUAUACAAUUAUUAGAUCUAACCAGAAGCAGUCGCGAAAAAUGCAGACCCUGCUCAGUGUUGUCAACCGGACUCUGUAGCUCAGUUGGCUACAGACUGCACCGGGUUCGCAUAUUGGUGCAGGUUUGAUUCCCUACAGAGGGCCUAUCGUUGCAUUUAUUACAACCGCUUUUUGUAAGUGUGCCAACAUGAGCUCCACCUUUGAAUUUACUAUAUGAGUAAAUUCUUAAACACGUCCGAAUUUAUCAUUAUGAUAAAUUCGCGGUACAUUUUGAAUUUAUCAACAGAGUUAAUCAUAAAACCACAAGCAUUAGAUAUUUUCAAAAAAAUAUUUUUUAAAAACGUUUUAAAAAAGUUUUAAAAGAGUUUUAAAAAGCAAAAAAAGUUUAAAAAGUUAGACUAUCAAAAAAGUUUAAAAAGUUAGGGUUAUAGGGUUAGGGGUUAGUGGUUAGGGGUUAGUGGUCGGGGGUUUGGAUUAGGGUUAGUGUUAGCUAGCUAGGUGCCGUGAAUUUAUCAUAAUGUCUAAUGAUAAAUUCGGACGUGUUUAAGAAUAGGGAUGAGCCGAUUAAUCGGUAAUCAGCCGAUUAUUUUAAGAAAAAUAACUCUAUAAUCUAGUAAUCUAUUUAAUUCUAUAUUUAAUCCCAUAUCCAUUAAUUCAUUUGACUCGUACAGUGACCGAUAACUGUCCAAUAUGAGUAAAUAUUUUCCGGAGCACACUAAAACUAGUACGUCAAUUUGUGGCGUAUACACAUGUAUUAAAAGUUGUCAAAAAAACCGUUAUCCGGCGCUUGCACCCCGGUACACAGAAAUAUCGGCCAUAGCCGAUUAAUCGGCCGAUUACUCUUUUAUAUCGGCUCCGAUAUAUCGGAUCGGCGAAUCGGCUUUUUUUUGGUAUCGGCUCAUCCCUAUUUAAGAAUUUACUCAUGUAGUAAAUUCAAAGGUGGAGCUCAUGCUGAAGUGUACAUAAAAAAUGUGCACUCGAGAUUUCCAUCAAAAACUCUUCAACAAUUCGUUCUAUCGAGUAAGAUCAUGGCCAAAAUGUGAUAUUUACCCAGAAAAUGAUUGCCUUUCUGAAUUUGUAGUUUUAACUUAAGAGCAUGCUGAAAAACAUUAAUGCUUUAUUAGCAUGCUUAAAAGCAUGCUAAUAUAGGCGAUCAACUGGACCUUCAGCGAAGUAAACCUUAUGUGUUGUGACGUCACUUUCCAGGGCUGAAUAUAAAGGAGGUCUCAUUACAUUGCAUAGACUCAGCAGCCCGAGUAGAUGCCAAUGCAGGCGUUAAUUUACUUUAUCUAAUUUUACUGUAGGCAAAAUAUGUGACAAACCGCUACUCCAUGACGACAAGACUUUUCCAGAUUCCAGAUUUUCUGGCAGUGGUGAUUCAAAUGAUAAUUAUGAACGUGCGAGGAUUACUAAAGGUGGCUGGUGUCCUCGGGGUUCUGGUACUAGAUAUCUUAUGCUUGAUCUUCAGAAACAAUAUCACAUAACACAAGUUGUAGUUAUGGCUGAUAGCUCACAAGCAAGGUGGAGCAGCUCAUAUUCGUUAAAAUACAGUCAUGAUAAAACAUUGGUGGAUGGUAGCAGUGCAAUACCGGUAAUGUAAAACAUAGUGAGCAUUCUUUCCUAGAAAGAAUGUAGGUAAGAACCUUAACCUUUUUAACUCCAGACGAAGGGCCUUCGCUUAGUCUCCCUCGCAGCCGCUCUUUGUGUCGAGGUUUCUCUCCACGAGCGGCUGCUCACUCGAGUACAACACAGUGAGUACAACAUUCCAUUCCCUUUGUCUUACGUUAGCCAAUCAGAUUUAGCGACAUGAAUAUCUAAAUAAAUUUAGUGACAUAAAUAUCAAUCUCGUACCCAGAGUAAUGCCUGUGCGCGGGCUAGGAAGGCAUAUUGGCUCUGGGGAAAUUGACAACCGGAACCCCUAAAUUUAGGGGUUCCGGUUCUUUGUCGGCAUGCACGAUUGAUAAACGUUAAACCAAUCGCAGCACAGGAAAAAUUCAAUUUCCCCAGAGCCAAUGCCAUCCUAGCCCGCGCACAGGCAUUGCUCUGGGUACGAGAUUGCAUAAAUAUCUUAAAAGGAAUGUUGUGCUCGAGGAAGCAGCCGCUCGUGGGGAGAAACCUCGACACAAAGAGCGGCUGCGAGGGAGACUAGCCUUCGCUCGAAACGUCGAAAUUCUCCUUAUAUUUUUUCAGUUCCAUCCCUACCCACGAAAUCGUGUUAUAUUUAACUGUACAUGUUAAUUCAGCCAUAUUGUUAUUUUAGUCAUUCCACUAUAUAUACUUGCCUGUACUAUGUUUCAGAUAAAAGGAAACAAGUAUCGCUUCAAAGCAUCGACAACAAGCCUUACUAUCUAUAAUGUGAGGUAUAUGAAAAUUGAAUCCACUGAAUACCAAAACUUUUGUCUUCGAAUAGAACUGUGUGGAGAGGGUAAGGCAUGAGAAGUGCUAUUAGUUGUAAAAAUUAGGAUUUUUCUCAUUCGCUUCAUUAAUAUAAGUUACGAUUAGUGUUAGAUAAUGAUUAGUGUUACUGAGACAGUUGGAAAUUUAUAAUUGCUGCAUAGUUUGUAAAGAUAUGAUGGUCUGGAAUCCUGGCAAACUUCAAAGCCACGAAAUAGAAGGCCUUUAUUUGAUGUUGAACUGUACCUCUCCAUGCACAAAUCCUUUUUCCCAACUUCAUUAAAUAUUAUUCAUCCUGGUUGCACGUUUUACCUCAGCUAUCCCUAUUGGUCAACAUGGGCAGCCCCCCAGUUUGUUGGGCAGUCGGGCAAUAUUCGCUGAACAGUCGGACAAUUUUGGUUUAUUAAAAAAAUAAAUGGGACAAAUUCUGUCAAAAUUUGUGAUCAAUUUUGUGAUGUUUCCAAAAUUUUUGUUAGGUUCCGAAAAAUUUAGGUAUGUCCGGAAAAAAUUUUUGACCCUUAAAACGGUACACUGACCGAAAUUUUUUUGGCGACGGGGGGGGGGUGUCGCAUUAUAAAUUCCCGAAAAAAUUUUUUGGUACUUGUCGGGGGAAAACCGGAAAAGUCGGGCAAAUUUCUUUCCGCCCCCCCCCCCAAUUUUUCUUUCCGGUACGCCCAUGUUGGUCGAUUACUUCAUUAUACGAAACUACAAUGAGCUCAAUCACCGUGACCGUGCUCAAAUUAACAUAAACUCAGACAAAAACAUCAAACAAUGACAUGACGUCAUGACGUUAUGAUCAAAGUGUACCUGUGUACUUGAUCAUGUUUCAAGUAUCACCAUAUGACUAUGCAAUGCAAAUCUCCAUGAACUUUAAAGACACACUGAGUUCAGCCUUUUUAAUGAUGCUUUUUAAGGCUCAUUUCAGCCUUUUUAAUACAUCCUUUCGAUAAUUACGUCACAACUACACUGUUUUCAGCUUAGGAUCACCUUAAAUGAUAAGGAUUUCAAGUUCUAUGCACAGAGAAGCAGAACAUCCUCCUUCAACACUUGCGCGAAAAAUAAUUCUUUAUUUUGACCAAUAAAUGUGGAAAUAAGCUUUAACACGAAAUUGUGCAGUGGAUCAGGGAAAUCAUGGGGAGUUUCACGACGUGAGGGGAAUUUAGGCGAUUCAGUGCGACUCAUGCAGGUGACGUAACGAAAGCGGUCGGUUUAUUGGUCCGGUAGAGUGGACUUUAAUACUAAAACCAUGGCUAAAUCAAUUGUUUGCUAAUCUUUGCAUUGUUUUUAUUUUAGUCCAAACGCUAGCUCCUGUAAAGAAUCUCAAUGUUUCACCAUCGGAUUACUCUGCACGUGUGACCUGGGAAAUACCUACAGCACCUCAGGACUCCAGCUAUAUAACACAUUAUUUAAUUUUUCUCAACAACAAAUUUGUGAAGGAGAUAUCUCGAGCAAUGUAUGGAACAGAAUUCAAUAUUCUUCCACUUAAACCGAACACUGAGAAUACUUUUGGAAUACAGACCAAAGCGGAUGGUUCUGUCCAGAGAGGCACUUACGUCACUAAAACCUUUACAACUAAACAAGCAGGUAAAGAAAGAAGAUACUAUGAAACCUCUAUUUGACCCAGCCCUCUCAAAUAAGCCCUUAGGUAGAUAUGAUAGGUAGAUAGGUUUAUUGACUAAAAUUACAUCGUGGGCAGACAAUUUAAAGGUUGAAUUACGUAUUAAUUAUAACAAGUAAGUUACUACAAUAUUAUACAAUAUACAAUAUUAGGAUUAAAAUUGUCAUUAAUUUUAUAUUCUAAAAUAAUUACACAUUAUUGCAUGAAUUUACAAAUUUAAAAAAUAUUACAAUUAAAGUAUCUUACAUUUAGAAAAGUCAUUAGUCAGUGGCCUAACGCUCAUUGAGUAGGGUUAGUUCAAAAACUAAGGGCCCCCGACAGUUAGGGAUCCCCAUCAGCCAUGCACAGCCUAUCGCCCAGAAAAUUAGAAAACGUAAAAAUGCAAGUUAAUUUAAUAAGAAUCAAUGGGAAAAUGUAAAAUUAGUAAUGCUAAAAUUUUACAGUAAUAAAGCUUCCAUCGACAACGGUAUCUGAUUUUUUUAUUCCAUCUCAAAUAAAACAAAAGUUAUUCUUAUUUGUUUUCGUUAUUGUUAUCGUUAUCGUUAUUGUUAUAGACACGGAAAUUUCCAGAACAUUCUAUGAAUAUUCAUUAUUCAAUAUAAAAUGAUAAUAUCUCAGUCAAACGAUGACAACAGUCAACAAAGACCUCUACAUCAAAUAUGCCUAAGGGCCCCCUCUUCCCCCAUUACGCCACUGGUCAUUAGAUCUAAUAAGUCUAUCAUUAAAUUAAGUUAAAUCUACAAAUUUACACACAGUUGAAAGGUUAAAAAGUUCAAUACAGGAAAGCUAACGAUAUAGCCUACACAUGCUCUGAAGAAGUGUUUUGUGAUAUCUAUCUGUAAAUGCCUAAAAUUGUAAGUUUCUUCAUACCUGGAAGGUAACAAAUGGAGAGGUUUAUGUGAUGGAUCGUUGAUGAUGUUAUAUAUUGAAAAGCCUCUUGUUAAUAUCUGUAAAAAUGGUAGACAUGUAGAUGUAUUUUCAUUUCGUAUUAAGUUUGACUCAUUCAUUUAAGAUAUUGAGGAAAGAUGAAAAACCACGCGUAUAAAGUAUGAAUAAAACUUUUGAUGGAACUUUGGAACGUUUACAUUGCACCAAAAAGUAUAACUGCUUAGCUGCUUCGUGACCACGUCAUUGAUUUGUGCCUUUAACAGGAAAUAUAAAAUACAUGCCAUUUUCUCCAGCUAAUUCUAUUCUUUCCAACGGUUUGUAUCGAUAACGCCCCUCUUUAGAGAAAAUUUUGCCUCCUCCCCUACACUCCACAUCCUAUGAAUGACUAGAUUCACUAAAUGGCCAUGAUUUCACGUUAUAUUUAUACUUCAUGUCAUACUUAUAUUUUUAGAACCUUUCACUCUUGUUCCAAUAUCUUAUACAAGUCUAAAGGUAACCGUACCCACAUCACCGACGUAUAUAAAGUAAGUUUACUUGAUAAUUAUAAUCAGCGAGUCUGACGUUUAUGGAUUGGUGACCUUUUUCAUAUAUGUAGCCUAUAAAAAACUGGAUGUUUGAAACAUUGUUAGGCUUUAAGGAGCAAUUUCUAGUUAAAAAAUAAAUUAGGAUUAAUAAGACGCAACAUAUAUAACCUAAAGGGAAACGAUAAACAGAAAAAGGGAUGAAAAGAUGUACAAUUAUAGUAUUGUUCUGUUUUAUCAACUUGUAAAUAAUUUUAUCUAUUUAAGAAGAAAUAAAGAAAGUGGGGUGGGAAGUGGUAUCCACACGGCCACACUUCGCCCACUGUGAAGCACACACCGGAAAAAGAGAGCAAGGUCCAUAACGGCCUUUACCCUAGUCCUGAUCUUCGCAUCUCUCGGUCACUUCACCAAGGGGAAGGCUAGGACACGAUAUGUCCAUAACGAUGAGGGCCCUUUCUCUCACCCUGAUGUUGUUUCUCCAGCUUUUCUGGGGCCUUUACUGUGCCUCCAAGAAACCGCACUUCUCGUCAUCAAUUUGACCAAAGGUGGGAUACCAGACUCAAAGUCUGUAUGGUAUCGCCAAUCGCUUCUACCAAUCUACCAUUACAUUUAACGCAUUCGCUUCUUCAAUUAUUCAACUACUCUACAGACUGGAGCAACAUUGUUAAGACGUUCGAUAAACCUCGAGGUAAUGAUUUUCAUUUACAAUGCAGGACCCAGUUUUCAAUAAAUUUAAUAACAGUUUCCGCUAUCACAAGUGCCGAUUGUAUAUCAACCAUUCGUUUAUGCACUGGAUAUGCUAAAAAUAGAAAACAACAAAGUUGAAGUCAACAGUUGAAACUACAAUAUCUGAGUACAUAAUGGUACACUCAUACAGUCUACAUGACAUUGAAUUACCUAACAAAGCUGUACAGUGCAUUAAGGUGCAGAAGAGAGCAGAAUAACAGUACCAACAGUUCAUUACGUAAUAUAUGAAUUAUGAAUGAGUUUGAGAAAGAAUUGUAUAUAGUACACAGCCACAGUCAAGGUGUAUGGUGUAUCAUGCAAUACAAAACAAUGGAGUAAAGUAUAUUAUGUUGUAGUAUGGUACAGUACAAAACAACAAACUGAACACAGUGCAGAACACUCAUAGUAUAUACACAUGUAUAAGAGGUUGCAUAUAUUGCAUGAGCUGUUUCAAAACUAUGCUUCACAGGCUAGCAUGAUACAAUGAAUUCUAAUUUUACGUCUUUUAUUCAAUUAUUGCUUAAUUGGAACUAUUACUCUUCUAAAUUAGAUUCUACUUUCGCUAUGUCCUCUUUAUAGUUUUGUCCCUUCCGUAUUGUUGUGUUAUUUUUGUCAGGUUGGUCUUCACAUGGAACUCGUGUUUUGUUGGCCACAUUCUCAACCAUACUUUAAGCAUUUUGUAUUCUUAUAUGGUUGCAGUAAAGAAAGAAAUAAAUAACCAUUAAAAUUCUGUAUAAAAGUUGUACAUUUUAAAACUGACUUGCAUCAAAUUUUGAAUUUUAAACUAUGUUAGGGAUAAUAUAUGCCAUGUUUGUUUUUUCUGUAGCUCCAGACAUUUUAAAUAUCAUAUCUACCGGGCUUAAAAUGUACACCAUCUCUUGGUCUAUACCAUCUUUACCUGACCAGCAAACCAUCCGCAGGUACUAUGCAAACUACAGUGCAUCAAAUGAGUCCACUGAAAUGCUGAGUAUACCAAAAGAAAUGACAUAUGUCGCUGUCGCUGUUGACUUCGAUAAACGGUAUACGUUUGAAAUACAAAUUGAGACAGAGGCUGGAAGAAGUAAUACAACGUCAGAAACAUGGCCAUCUCAUUCAGGUAUGCCAUGUCAAUGUUACAUUCUUAUGACUUACAUUCACCUCAGGCAAGCCAUAUAUAAAUUAUAUAUCAUUCUCAUUCAUUUAGCGCCAUUGGAACCCGUGAAUAAAACAGCUGACGGUUACACAGUAGUACUGAGAAAACCAAGAAAAGAGCAAAAUAUUAAGUAGGUUUAUAUGUAUGGUGCUUUGCACUCUGAAAUAGUUUCCCCUAUCUAUAUAAUUGUAUGAUCGUGGAGUUGUGGCCGCCUUAAUCUUUUGUUUUAAUAAUGGUAUUGUUCUAGUAACGGAAUAAAGUUAUUACAUAUUGCCUUUCAUCUUAUCCUUCAUAAAUGGAUAUAAAGGUGGAUCAGUCUCAUGAGCCAUACUAAACUAACUUAAACAUGGUUAAACUAACAGGAUAUUUCUAUCAAUUCUAAACAGCUGUCUCUAUAUAAAGGUCAAGUAACUGCCAGUCCUCAUUGAUGGAGUGUUACUGCAGAGGCGACCAGAGUAUCUGGAUAAAUGGUGCUUUUUUCGAUAGAACUUGAUAGCAGGAUCUAACUCGUAACUAUGUACCUGAAAACAUAGAGUCAGUAGGUUAUUAACGUUGAGACAAAGGUGGUUUGAUCAAUUCGCCGAAAGAUAUAUUCUUUACAGUUACUGUGCCACCAACGGUGUACUCUGCUACUGCUAUACACUCCAGUCUUAUGGAUUAAAACUCUUCUUUUCUUAGGACUGUUGCUUUAGUAUUACUAAAAUCAAAGUCAGCUAACCCACCUGCACCAGAGGAUGUCACGCUAGAAGAUUCACCUCCCGCUGAGACGUUAGAUAAUGUCGCCUUUAUUGCCAGACAGUUUAAUAUAAUCGAGUUCCAAGGUUAUACUAUAGAAAUAUCCCUGCGAGAGUCCAAAGGUAACCGACGGAGGAAAAGAGAAGUUACCGUGCUUGAUAUAUUGUCAUCGAGUGCAACGUAUAGAACGACGCAAUUGAAUACAGACGAGUCAGGGGUAUGUAAAACGUUGCUGAAAGUGAUUUUAAGGAUUUGAAGGCAUGUCACGUUUGUUCUCGUCUUAGGCUUCGUUUUGGGUAGGUAAUACGCAACAUAUCACAAGGUAUACUAGCUCAGAAACAUCUCACUCAAAGAAGAUAAACCUUACUCCAUUGUUAUGUCAUGGAUAAGGACAACACUUUCUUUCAGCUUAAUUAAGUCUGCUCUAUACUAUAUUUACGAGGCUCAAGAAUGCCUCUCUUUACGUAGAACAAAGAUUCUCAGAACUUGUUUUAAUACUGUAUAUUUUUUGUCUUCUUUUUAAUCUAGUCAUAAUUUGAUUAGUUUUUAAUCUACUAUGUUAUUGUGUCUUUUUCAUUGAGUAAAUCUUUAAAUUAUCUAGACAUAAAACACCAGGUAUCACCUCAAUAUUUAUACUAGUGACGUUCAAUAAUUAACAUGCUUCAUUAUACAAAAUAAUUAAAUUCCCAGGAAAUAAAUUGAGUUGAGGUGAAUAGACUAUUCAUUCUUUUUUUAAAAUUGUAUUUGGGCAUACUGGAGUGAACCGUUCACAGGUAAUGAGAAGUUAUGGAUAGUAUACGUUCUUUCCGACGACAGUAUACCGUUUAUAACGUAAUUUUGUGCCGUCAACUUCUAUCCUGUUUAAAAAAGAACUAUUUUAACAAUAAGUACUACGUAAAAAAAAAACUUUACCCGUCCGCCUGUAUAUAGUUUACGAAUCGGAAUUUCACAUUCGGAACAUUUUGAAAACAUUACUACUGUAAGUAAUUUAAGAGCAGUAGAAAGUCAGAUACAGAUCAAAUGCGAAUGUUUUUUGUUUAUGCUUACUUAAAAUAACACCUACAGUAAGUAACCAAGUUUGCCAACUAUUUUGACGAUAUGCUUCGCUAUAGUCGAGGAAAUCGAAGCUAACGCUUAUGUAAAUCAGAACAAAAUCUGUAUCUGGUUUAAAGAUAUUGAUUAAAUAUUCAUUUCUUUGGAUUUCUUCAUUUGAAGAUUCUUCAUGCAUUAUUAAUAAUUUAAACAUGUUUAUAGCUGGCGGUGAUAAUAGUGGUGAUACAGACAAGCGUGAUGAUGAUGGUGGUGGUGGAAGUAUUGGUGUUGCUGUGGGUGCCUCAUUUGCUGUCGUUGUCAUCAUCGUUGCCUUGGUUCUCGCUUUUAUUUUUUUUAGAAGAAGGUAAUAGUCUGAUGUUCCAUUCCAAACGUUUGCAUGGUAAACGUAGAGUAUUUAAUUCUUUGUUUUGAAAUCACUGGAGCAACAACACUGAAGCGAACAACAUUGACACAAAAUGUUUGAUUUGGAACAGGUUUAGCAUACAAUUUUUCCAGACAUAUUUUGCCACUAUGGGUGUAAGUAAAUAUUGUAAUCCCCGAACAAAUCGCAUUCACGACCCAAAGUUUCGACAGUUUAGUGUGGUGUCUUUAUCAGGUAUUAUCUGAAGUCACAACGUGGGCCAUUCUUAUAUGCUCGAGGAAUGACGUUACCACCCAACAAUGAGAAAGGUAGCUAUACUACUGUAAUGCAUCCCCUUCAAAGCUUGAUUAUAUUUAUGUGUAGCGCUGUCAAACAACGCCUUCGACCAGGGUGCAAACUUGAGAUCAUCCCUGAUGAAAACAAAGGACUGGAAUAACGAAAUGUUGGGUCGAGAAUGUAAUUUGUUGGCGGAUAAUAUUCAUUCCCUUUAACUAUAGAAAAUGAAGGAAAAUAAAAAAUACUAAGAAGAUUCGUUACAUGAAAUAUACCUAUUUAAAAUCAAAAUCAAUUUCGAUAGAACAAAUCGUUAUCUCCUGAAGUAACUGGAUCAUCAGUAAGCGAUUAGCCAUGCUAGCCAUUAAAUUUAUUUUACAUAUAGUCCUGUUGCAGUAACACUGGCCAAAGGGGAUGGAUUGCAGGAACUCUAGGGAAACAGUUUAGAACUAGUAGAGCUAUCCAGUAUAAAAGAAGUUUGUUUAGUGGACUCAUAUUUUUAAGGAGAACGCACAAACGGUAUGAAGACAAAGAAAUCGUUUCCAAGGGGAAGUAUGAUGAUGAGAUGAAAGAAAUUGAUCACUGCUAUGAAGAACCAAAUACGGCCAGGUCGGACGAUCCCAUUCUCAAUGAAACUAAUGAAACUAAUGAAGGCAUUUAUUCAAAUGAAGCUGGUAUGAUAUCCAAAUGAAUAAUAUCUGACCCCAAUAACUUACUAAGCGACAACGUAAUAACUAUUAAAUCAACCACUUAUGCAGUCACUUAAUAGUUCAAAACUAUGAAUCUGCAAUUUGUAACUGGCUUCUAAAUGAAAUUAUUGACAUCGGGCAAUUUCAAAUGUAAAUGUCAUUUAGAUGUUACUAAAUUAAUUUUUUAAAAUUAUAAUUUAAGACGACGACCAAGGGAAAGCGCAUCCACCUGUUCCUGUCGCUGAAUUUGCGCAUUAUGUGAACGAACUGAAAGCAAAUGAGAAGCACGAAUUCCAGAAGCAAUAUGAUGUAAGUAACAACACAAACAAAUUGAAUGAAUGCAAACGCAUUAUAAGUCAGAGACGUUGCCUAGAAGUGUGGCAUUGAGACAUGAAUCGUUACGCUACGGUUGCAAUCACUCACAAGUUCUCCUCCUUAUGCCUCUGCUAUUGAUCUCGCGAGCAAAAAGAAUCCACGUCGAAAUUUUAGAUCCCUUCUAAUGUCUACGAUGAAAUAAAUCACUAUACUGGAGUGUCGAGACAUCUGGAUACGUGAAUGUAAUCCAGGCCUGUGAAAAUAUGCAUGAUUCUUUUUGCUGCCUGGCGUCGUAAACUAAAAAGCUUCGCUUUAAUUUCUGUAUUCUUAUUUCUGUUUUUCUGUUUAGGAUUUACCUAAAAACACGAAAACGUCUUGGGAAGUGGCCAAGAAGCCGUUCAAUAAGAAGAAAAACAGAUAUGGAAAUAUCGUAACAUGUACAGUUUUUAAAGCACUUUCACAUACUUCACUUUGUUCAUUGUAAUGAUUGUCCAUUGAGUAUCGUAUAUAAUGUAUCUUAAUUAAAUAAAAGUGUUAUUAUCUAUUACAUUACAGAUGACCAUUGUCGUGUUGUUCUCUCAGGAGAUGAAAAUGAGGAUUACAUCAACGCUAGCUACAUAGACGUAAGUUCUUUCACAGUCCACUUAAUCUUACAGAUUAAUUAUUUGAAUCGGUUUUCCAUUUCGCAUGCUGUUUUCCACGAAUGGAUUUUCUUGGAGAGCACCAUCAAUAUUUUCAACACAAUUCACCCGAAUGUCUAAGGCGAUGGUUUUUCUUGUUGUCCAAAGUAAUGAUUAUAUUGUGAUGAAGAAAUAGAAGCAACAAAAAUGUUAAAAAUGCGUAGAUGUUUCUCAUUUCCUGAACGGUUAAUUAUUAAGAACAAACUAUAAGAGUAAUGGCUGGAGCUAAAGUCCCAAUUAAAGCCUAAUGUAAAAGUCAUCCCUGCAGGACUGGUGACGACUGGUUUUAAAGUUAGCUUAAGAUGUAAAUUCUAACAAAAAUCAUUCUGUAUUUAGGGAAUCAAGGAAAAUUCAUACAUUGCUAGCCAAGGUGAGAGGUUUACCAGAAGACUGCACGCAAUUGUUUAAACGAGAACUAAAGAAUCUGAUUCUAUUUUUUGCCCAUAUUUUAGGUCCUAAUAAACUAACUGUGAAUGAUAUGUGGAGAAUGGUUUGGGAACAACGGAGUUAUUCUAUUGUGAUGGUGACCUCCCUCGUUGAACUUGAAAAGGUCAGUAGGUCAUCAUCAUCACCAUCAUUGUUAUUAUCAUCAUUAUUUCACCAAUGCUUAUCACCAUCAUCAUCAUUACCAUCAUCAUCAUGACCAUCACCAUGCUUAUCAUCAUCAUUACCACUAAGCUUAUUAGUUAUUAUCAUCAUCGUCACCAUGCUUAUCAUAAUCAUUACCAUCUCUAUCAUUAACACGCUUAUUAUCAUCGCAUCAUCAUCUUCCAUGUCCAAUUAUUCUAUUGAUCUCGACCAGAACCUCCUAAAAAUUCCAUCCAGUGUUCAUGAUUUUUUGUCAUAUUCUCCUUUGGAAUAGUAUUAUCUUCUACAAUUUGGUAUUGUAGUCUUUUCAAGCAAUAACUUCUUCACGACUUCUGUUACAUCGUCCACCAAACUUUCUUUCACAAAUACUGUAAAUGCAAAUGUAAAAUUAUCUUAUUGGUAUGUUGGUUCCAGCCUAAAUGUGAGAAAUAUUGGCCUGACAAAGGAAGCGUAAAGUAUGGAGAUAUUGAAGUAACUUUGAUGAAAACUGAAGAGUUUGCUUAUCAUGUCACACACACCUUGCAACUUAAUAAGGUAAUCAACUUUUGCAGUUUACGUAUACUGAUUAUGAUUCCCUCUCUAACGGCUGUGAGAAACGUCCUUCCAUUUUACUUUACCAAGCAUUACAGGUUCUUUCCCAUAAAGAGUCCCCGACUUGUACGAGUUUCUCCUGUAGAAUUAACAACUAGACCAAUUAAAAACGCUCCUCACUUGACCUCUAGCGAGAACAGUUGACAGUAGAAUUGGGAAAAAUGAAGAUGUUUGGGAUACUGUAAAUAAAGCACUGGAUGAAUAAGGAACGCUCCUGCGAAGAACAAGUUUUACACUAUACAACGUGUGAAUAAACUAUAGUGGAUAAGACAAAUUCAAAUACACUUGGAACAUGUCUACUAUAAAUACAGUUAAUCAUUUCCGCAUUCUUAAUUGUGCAUAGGUUAUUGCUAUCUAUAUAACAGUUUAGUAUGUUUAGUUUUCUCUCUUUAAGAUAUAAGUGGCAAUUUUUUUAUUUGGCGACCAGGUAUUCGCCAAAGGUAGCCCUCGUGGGGACGGAGGACAUUUGAACGUGAUAAAGUAAUUCUAAAGCCUUAAAACAUCUCAGUAUCUCAAGUAUUUCAUUUUACUUUUUCAUAUAGUUUUCCAACAUAUUAAACCACUGUUUAUAUUUUGUAUAACACAUUGAUAUUUCUGUAGGGCGAUCUGGUAUUUAAUUUCGCUACCAGAUCUUAUCACUGGUAGCCAGUUAGGUGAUUGGAAUUCUUAAAAUUUUAACCAUUGCGAGCGAUGUUUUUUGCUGGACCUCUAGGUGGAUAAGUAUAAUUGUAGACCUGUUCCAAAAAAAUUCUUCACACAAUCUAGGACGGAGAAGAACGUGAAGUGCGACAUUACUACUUUCAAUCUUGGCCUGAUCACGGUGUCCCUAAAUAUCCCACUCAACUCCUGGCUUUCAGAAGACAUUUCAGAACACAUCAUGUGGAACAGUCUGGACCAAUCGUUGUGCACUGCAGGUUAGAUUCUUAAUCUCGUUAAAAACGUGUCACCAUUAAUUUGUAAAAUAAUACCUAUGACAUAGGUCACUGUAAAUUGGAAUGAUUGAAAUCAAUAACCGUUCGAAAAUAAAAAUUCCCCUCAAAGAAAAUUUUAUUCUUUUACGUUUCCAGUGCUGGUGUUGGCAGAACUGGCGUCUUCCUCGCUGUAGAUACGAUCCUUGAUAAACUUGAGAAAGGUGUCAUCAAUUCUAUCGAUGUUUUUGGACAAGUGUGUGCAAUGAGAGAGCGACGAAUGAAUAUGAUUCAAACUUUGGUAUGAAUAGUAAAAAUUUACUAUUGUCCUUGACCAUACAGGGCAAAUUAUGAAUCCUACAUUGUUGGGGAAACAUUGUUUCCUAACCAUGCUUCUGAAAAAUUGAAAAACUAGAAAACACUGUUCCCCUUCCAUGUUGAGGAAACCAGAAAACAGUGUUUCCUAGCUAUGUUUCCCGAAACUGGGCAAAGCAGAAAACAUUGCUUCCUAGCCAUAUUUCGCCGAAAAUGGGCGAACCAGGAAACAAAGAUGACAUUAGAAAAUAUUCCUACCUCCUGUAAAGCAGUUCUCUUUCCAGAGAAGCAAAUGAACUUUGUUUCCGCAACAAAAAAUGUUUGGAUGGGAGGUAAACGGAGAAAACAUUUGAAAAACGGGAAAAUGUUUCCUUAAUUUUUUGUUCAGGUCUUUAUUUAAAUUGUCUUUAUUAACUUUUAUAAGUUGUACAUUAUAUUUUUUAGGAGCAAUACAUAUUCGUCCACGAAGCCAUUUUAGAAACCAUCUUAUGUGGCAUGAAUGAAGUAAAUUCUAGUAAAAUCCAGAAAGAGAUUGAAAAGCUCGCCGAAGUCAUUAAGGCCAGUGGAAUGACUGGAUUUCAAGAGAAGUUCAAGGUUCGCAUUCAUAUAUCACCUUUUCUGCCUUAAGCUUGUAUAUAAUUAACAACCUAUUAACAGACAAACAUGAAGGCUUUUGUCAUUUUAGAGGUUGGGUGAGGUUUCACCGAAAUAUUCUCCUGAUGAAUGCAUUGCAGGAUUACGGAAAGGAAAUCUCAAAAAGAAUCGCAAUAAAAUUGUCUACCCAGGUAUUUUGAAGAUUCACCUAAAUCCGCUAAUUAUUUCACCAUGUAUACUGCCGCAUAUUGGAGGCCUGCUGUAGCUACUGUAAUAUAUUCAUGUUAAUAUGCACUAUAAUUAUAUAUGCUGAUUAGCAUAAUAAUUAUAGUAUAUUACAGCUACUUUUGACCAGAAUAUACAACUCUUUCAUCUUAAAUUGGAAAAUUUCUUUUGGAGCAUAACAAGUUUAUAUCGUUCGUUCUAUUUUAGCCGAGAGCAAUCGCGUUCCUCUUCAAUACGUGCAUGGCGUGGAAGAUUCAGAUUAUAUCAACGCUGUGUUUGUUCAUGUAUGUAUACAGUGUAUAUUAUUAAGUUGAAUUAAAAAAAAAUAUUUAAUUUAAUAAAUUAAUGCAAAGCCCAACCGAAUUGCAUGUUUAAGACGAAUAAUGGGUAAUUGAAUAACCAUAUUCGCUUCUACUGGCAGCUAUUUCUGCCUUAUCAAUAGGAAUCAACCUUGUAUGUCAAGUUCAUUACAUUUCUGAGCUCAUUAUUUUAUUUUCACAGUCGAUCAAUUAAAUUGUUUAAUAUUAUUCACACCAACUCCUGUAGUGAAGAAUUAGUUAAAUCUUCCUAUUUUUCAUUCCAGGGCUACCUUGGAAGAAACUACUUCAUCGCCACACAAAGUCCUCUGCGAAAUACAAUCAGCGACUUUUGGCGAAUGGUUCGUUCGCAGAAAUCAUCCACAAUUGUCUUGUUGAAUAGUAUCAAAGAUGGAACGGUAUACUGUAGAUAAAAUUCUAUAUAUCAGGUUGAUUUUUACGUUGGUUGUGGUAUGUCGAACCAUCCAUCCAAACCAAAACAUAAAUUAUCAUUAUUAAAUUAUCAAUAUCCAUUUGCAAGAAAUUAGAUAUUUUCUAUUGUUAAUAUUUAUGCCGAUGUUUUUUUGUACACUUUAGUCGUUCCCGAUAUUCUGGCCGACAACCAGAGGACAACCAAACCAAUACGACAGCUUGACAGUACAAUUGGACUCAGAAACAGAAUCUGAAGGAAUAUGGACCAGAAAGUUUAUCUUAUCGUCUUAUCCCGUACGAAUAUGAUCAGUAAUAUUAAUUAAAACAAAAUUUUGUAGUUUGGAUCAGAACUGUUUAAAACAGAAGUUGUUUAAAAUGUAUCUAUUCAAUUCGAAAUUUUGAAAUAGCAACCAAAAACGCAGCAUCGUACUACACACUGACUUUCAAAAUAAAACUUGCGUGAACCCAACCUCGUUCCCAGGCUCUUCCCUCUUGUACCUCAAGAAGAGGGAAGAGCCUGGGAACGAGGUUGGCGUGAACCCACUUGUGACGUAACAUCCAUAUCCACAAUAAUCCAAGAUGGUGGACAGCUCGCUAGUUUCAUUCAAAAUAUUUCAAGAAUCAUCUGAGAUCGUGUGAAAAGUUUUUUUUAGUUAUUUUAGUCAAAUAAGAUUAACAAAAAUUUCAUUGCCAAUGUCCUUUGUCCUAAACUAUUCUUUAUUUCUGACCGAAACAACAAGAUUGUAAAAUAUAAGUCCUCUUGAGAUAAUCCUUUCAUAAUAUUAACCAAGUUAAUUAAAGUGCAUAUGACAUGAAAUUUUUUAUGUUCUUAAAUGAAAGAACUCUUUAAGCUGUAAUGUAACUUAUUUUUCAGUUUCUUGUUUUCAUGGUUUGUUCCCGAGAUAUUUCAAUUUGUUUGGUAUGUAAAUGAGUGUGAAUAUGUCCGCUAAUUUAUGACGUCACGUUGGUUGCAAGCUCAACUUACGCUGGUUAUAAAUCUAUUAACUCUAAAAACUGUAGAUAUCAGUUCACGUUUUUCUCCAGCCAUUUUAUCACAUUUACCCGUGAGUGAAGUUAGAAAUUAUUGUCUUGGAUGAUAGCCGUGAUAUUCAACCAUUUUGAAGAGCUUGCAACCAACAAGACGUCAUAAAUUAGCGGACAUAUUCACAUCAUUUACAUACCAAACAAAUUGAAAUAUCUCGGGAACAAACCAUAAAAACACGAAACUGAAAAAUAAGUUGUACUACAGCUUAAAGAGUUCUUUCAUUUAAGAAAAUAAAAGAAUUCAUGUCACAUGCACUUUAGUAAAGGUAAUAUACGUCCUCUAAAACCAACCACAACCUCCACAAUAAAACUGAGCCUAACAGUAAUUAGCUAACUAAUUUAAAUUUAGGACUUGUCUGAUGGUCAAGUUGUUAAUAUUUUCCAUUACACGAAAUGGCCGGACCAUCGUGUACCACCCAAUGCAGAUUGUGUCAUCCGCCUGACAUCAUUGGCCGAGAAUUCAAGGAAAAAUUAUGGUCAAGGACCAAUCGUUGUCGUAUGCAGGUAACAUUAAUAUCGUCCGUCGCCUCAUUCUUUCUUUUGUUCUUCAUCCAUUUUUGUGCUUGCUCGUCAGCAAAAUAAACAGAUAGGCAGUGUUGAACUUGAGAACACUUGGACUAACUUGAGAACACUUCGAACCUAAUUAGUGUACCAUUUUGUAGAACAAAAUUACGACAAUUUUCUGUAGUAUUUUUUAACUCCUUGGACCAUGUCUGUCUAUUCUUUCCAAUCGAAUCUUAAAAAGCAUUUAAUUUUUGAUAAUCUGUCCGAUGAUUGUAACUAAUAAAUAGUAUCUAAUUUACAUCUAGGUGUGUGGAUCUAAGUAUCUUCGUUUUGAUAUUAUGUGUGUGUCCUUCCUUGUAUUAUAUUAGUUUCCUUAUUAUAUGUCUGCUCACUAUUCUACCUCAUAUAUAUUUAGAUAACUUAUUCUUUAAUAUUUGACAUGAGGUAGUCUAUCAAUUAAUAAGCCUUGGCUUCUAGUUGGACUACCUCGUCACAAUUUUUCAUUUCUUGUCUCUUCUAUUUUUUUAUUUUUGUAAAUUGUUGUAUCAACCAAUUGUGGCAAAUUAAUAAAUUCAAAUUCAAACAAAUAAUAGACAGGGUGUCAUCUUUUCGAUUUGUAUUUCAGUGAUGGAGCUGGACGUACAGGAACAUACAUUGCCAUUUCAAACCUUCUUGAACGAAUGAAAAUUGAACAAGCAAUGGAUGUCUUCCAAGCCAUAAAAAUCAUCAGAGGAACACGACCACAAUUUGUUGAAAAUGCUGUAAGUACAUUUUAUAAUAACAUGGUUUUCAUCGAAAGCGAACAGUCCGAGAUAGAAACAGCGUUGAAAGGUUUAUCCAAAGUAUUUGAUGUUUUAAUACGACUAACCAAUCAUAUUUAAUAUACUAUACAAUUUUCGGAAUUGAUUGACAUGACAUCACUUUUUCCUAAUUCUUUUAUCAAAUUUCUUAGUUAAUGCAGCAAUAUGCCCAUUAGCAUUUUUACGACGACAUUGGAUUUUGGUACAUAUAUGCAUGAGGGUGGCAGGGUGCUCAUGUGCAUACUGGAUUUUGGUAUAUAUGUGAGCGUGCUCAUGAAAUACCAAAAUAAGGUAUGCUCAUAAGCACGCGGUCAUAUAUGUACCAAAUAACCAAAAUCCACCAUGCUUAUGAGCACCCUCAUAUAUAGAUAUACCAAAAUCCAGUAUCCUCAUGAGAAAUAAAUAAAAGGGAAAUCAUAACAGAAUUUGUUUUGCUUCUUUAGGAACAAUAUCGGUUCUGUUACGCGGCUAUGAUGGCGUACUUGGACGGUUUCAGUGACUAUGCCAACUUCGAAUAA